UUCGGUCACACUUGUCCUCAGCCAAGCCAAAACAGUGACAUUUUUUUCGUAAAAUUCGGGAGAAAAUUCUCGACCAUUUGCAGCCCAACAAUUCGCGAUUUUAAGUGACAUUUGGCUGCGAGAAUACAGCGCAAUUGUGGCCCCACAAUCGAUCCAGUUAAUACGAACCCUUUGGCGAAGCCAUCAGCGCCUGCAACUGCAACAACAACUCGUGCACAGUGCCUCCAGUGGCGGUUUAUUGGCCGAAAAGCACAUUCGGCAUCGGAGCACCCCGGAUUCGUUGGUUUCGGCGCAAGAACCGGCUGAUUGUGGUCACAUCAUGAGUGGCAGAUAUCGCGGUGGCGGUGGUGGCGGCGGCGGAAGAUUCGGAGGACGAGGUGGCGGCGGCGGUGGCUAUGGAGAUGGUGGCGGCUACAACGACUUUGACAACUACCGCGGCGGCGGAGGUGGAGGACCCGGCUUCAAUGACAACUUCGGGCCUGGUCCCGGGCCAAAUCCCUUCAACAUGGGUGGUCCCAAUAUUUCCGGCAACGAUCUAAUGCAGCUGAUGAGUGCAAUGGCCAGCAACUUCAACAUGAACUCGCAACCUCCGCAGCCGAUGCGCCAAAGUUGCGGUGAGUUGCGCAAUCACCACUGCGGAUUAUUUGUCGAGCUGUCCGGCAGGCUGAUCAAGAAGCGGGUGAACCGCUUUGCGGAGUUGCGCGACCGCAACGGUGGAGCGUGCCAGCUGGUUGUUCUGGAGGACAAACAUCCGAGGGUGGCGCGACGCAUGAACAACAUGCCCGAGAACACCACCUUGACCAUUGUGGGUCUGGUGAUGCGCCGGCCGCAUAAUUCAUGCAAUCAGACGAUGCCAACAGGCGAGAUCGAAGUGGAGGUGCAGGACAUCCUAAAUAUUCACUUUCCAGCCAGCGGCACAAAGAGAGCUGGAGACAAACGCACAUACAGCACUAUGGUGCAGCAGCAGAGUAACCUGGGGAUCACUAGCACCGAGUACAAGAUAGCCAAGAACGAGAACAUAUUGAAGUAUUUUGAAAAUCGCGAUCUCACCUGCAACGAUCUAAGGCGCGACGACGUGGGCAAGACAGUGACGCUGGUGGGUUGGAUUCCCUCUACCAAAAACAACAAAUUUUUGCAGCUCAAGGAUGGCUAUGGCCAGACGCAACUGAUGAUCGAAGAUCAGUCGCUCAGCGACACAUUCCUGUCGACACCAGAGCAGACAGUUAUCCAGAUAGUGGGCAAAGUUCUGGGAAGACCCAAAGCCAAUAUUAAUUUGAAAUACGACACUGGUGAAGUGGAAGUCAGCGUGACAAGCGUAAAGAUCCUGAACCCAGAUGAUGCCUACGAUGGUCCCAUCAAGGCCAAGGAGAAGCAGCAGAAGUUAUCCAUCGAUGAUCUAGAGGCUGAAGAGGCUGCCGCCGAAGCAUCGGCCAAUCUUAGCAGCAACAAUGGAGAAUCAAAGGAAGACGGCUCAGAAGCAGCUCCCAUUGCCAACAGCUCAGCAAUUGCAGAGCAAAGAGUGAAGGUCGCGGAUACCAACAAAUUCGCCGAUCGCACACAUAAUUGCGGUGAGCUAAGCUCCAAUGAUAUUAACGAGAAAGUCGUUAUCUGCGGCUGGCUGGAGUUUCAGCGGAUGAACAAGUUCUUUAUACUUCGAGAUGCUUAUGGACAGACUCAGGUUCUCCUGUUACCCAAAACACAGGGUCUUGAGGAAUAUUUAGAAACGGGCGUGCCCAUUGAGUCGAUUGUGCGAGUGGAGGGUACAGUGAUCCCUCGCCCAGCGGCCACCAUAAAUCCCAAAAUGCAAACUGGACAUGUUGAGGUCGAGGCAGACAAGGUCGUUGUGCUCAACCCAGCAAAGAAAAAUCUUCCAUUUGAGAUCCGGAAGUUCAAUCGAGCUGGAGAGCGCUUGAGGCUGACUCACCGUUAUCUGGAUCUCCGCUUUAAUGAUAUGCAACAUAAUCUUCGCCUCCGAUCGGCUGUUAUUAUGAAAAUGAGAGAGUAUCUGAUCAACUAUUUGGGUUUCGUUGAGGUGGAGACACCGACUCUCUUCAGAAGAACACCAGGCGGCGCCCAAGAGUUUGUGGUACCUACUCGAAAAGCGGGGCAUUUCUAUUCGCUCGUGCAGAGUCCCCAGCAAUUCAAGCAGAUGUUAAUGUCUGGAGGAAUAGACAGAUAUUUCCAAGUGGCUCGAUGCUACAGGGAUGAAGCGACACGUCCGGAUCGUCAGCCGGAGUUUACCCAAUUGGAUGUAGAGCUGUCCUUUACUAGUCGGGAUGAUAUUAUGCAACUUAUUGAGGAGACACUCCGUUAUUCCUGGCCCAAAGAUUUUCCCCGGUUGCAAACACCUUUCCGCCGUAUUACUUAUGAGGAGGCACUGGAAAAGUACGGCAAUGACAAACCGGACACACGCUUUGGUUUCUUGCUGAAUAAUGUCUCGGAAAUCGUUGAGAAGAGUGGUGAUUUCAAGGAAAAAUACGAAGAUCUCGGUGCUUAUGCCAUCGUGGUGCGGGCCAGUGAAGCCUUUUGGAAUGGAGCUGCCCGUAAGCAUUAUGAAAGUCUGGGCAAGGACUUCAAAGGAACGCUGUUCGUGCGCAAGUUCGGUCCGACAAAAGAUGUACAGGAUAAGCUAGGCAAGCUGCUGGGCGAGGAAGUGGCUAACGAGGUCGCCGAGAAGUUCGACCUUGAAGAAAACGAUCUGCUCUUCCUGGGCAUUGGAGCUAAAGUGGAAACUCGCGCUAUGUUGGGUCGCAUUCGACUGGACUACCACGAUUUCCUGGUCGAGAACGCCAAGGUGAAGAAGCCAAAUGACUUCCGGUUCCUGUGGGUGAUCGAUUUCCCGCUGUUCGAGCGAAAUCGUGAAACCAACCAACUAGAGAGCGUUCACCAUCCUUUCACCCUACCGCACAGCGAUGAUCUGGAUAACUUUGCCACCAGCUGCGAAAACAUGGAGAACAUACGCUCCCAGGCUUACGAUCUGGUACUGAACGGCCAGGAAGUCGGCGGCGGUUCUAUUCGUAUCCACGACCGCGACAUGCAGCACUUUAUACUGGAACAGAUUCUGAAGAUUCCACAUGAUCAUUUGUCGCACUUACUAAGCGCAUUGGAGUCCGGCUGCCCGCCUCAUGGUGGCAUUGCUUUGGGCCUGGAUCGUCUGAUUGCCAUAUUGUGCCGCGCGCGAUCAAUACGCGAUGUGAUUGCAUUCCCCAAGUCACUCAAUGGGCGUGAUCCGCUCUCUAACGCUCCGGUUCCCAUUUCCGACGAGGAGAUGAAGCUCUACCACCUUUCUGUGGUGGAGGAGGAGGAGGCCAGCACAAAUAAUACGUCACACGAACAGGAGGACGACGAUCCCGACCAAGAACGAGCUCCACCCUCCCCAAUGUCGGCGACAAGCGAUUCUGAGCACCCAGAAAUGGAUGUGGACAUCAAGGCGGAGCCUGAGGAGGGCCCAGAAAAGGAAGAAGUGGAAGCCGCCUCUGAACCAGCGAAAUCGCCAGUCAAACCGCCAACAAAAGCAGCAGUUAAGGCAGCUCCCGCCGCCGAAGUCCCCCCACCAGCUGAGCCCGUUCCACCAGUGGCUGCCACGCCGACCAGAGCCAAACGGGCUGUCAAAAAGAAGGUCUAGAGCGGGGGUUCAUUAACAUUACGGAUAACGGAUUAGCAUUUUACGUGUAAGCUCAGUAGUCAGGACGGAAGAUGUCAGCAGGCGGACCAAUCAGUCAGCCAUACACCAACCAGCGGUCGGGUCGGUUCAAUUGAAUGACAGUUACCCUUUUAUACACACAGUUGUAUACCCAAAGGUUAAUAUAUGUACCCACCCCGGAUCUUCUCAACGGACUUCAAUACCAGACCAUAGAACGUAGGAAAACCAAAUUAUACACUUACAUCCCGACCCGGCUGCCUACAUUCUACAAGUCCAUUUCUAAUUAAAAUGGCAACAAAUUUAUUACAAUUUACAAUAUAUACAAAACAGCUUGUAUUCGGAAUUGUUUAAUUAUACGAUGCUUGAAUUACAGUUUCCAAAAUUGAAUCUGAUUUGAAGUCAUCGAUUGCGCAUGAUCGAUGUCCACAUUCAACGAAAUAUUAUUAUUAACAUUAAUUUAUGUAAUAGUACAGAUUAAACUGAAAUUGUAUUAAAUUGAAAAAAAAACUUAUUGGAAUUCAGCAACAAA